AUGGGAAAUACCAUAGCAACCCCGGUGUCCAACCCGUCUGUUUCAGGAAGAGAGUAUCCCCCUAAUUCACGACCAUCGACGGGCGGGCUUCCUUCAUCUACUCGAAGUCUUCGAAAAAUCGACUCAUCUUCCACUUUAUCGAGCCUCGGCCGAUUCUACCAUCACCCCAAUCAGUCCAACACUUCCAUGGCGUCAAAGAUAUCGAAAGCGAGCAGUCGACGACAAGGUUAUCCCGAGAAAGUUCUCGAUAUCGGUAAACCGACCCAGUUUGAACAUGGAAUUCACGUUGAAUACAAUAAAGACAAUGGCAAAUUCAUGGGAUUACCGGAUGUGUGGCAAUCAACCCUGCCCAGCGAUGAUGUUUUAAACACCAACUACAUUAACCCGAAUCUAGUUCCUUCCACCGUGUGUUCUCGUUCAUUGGGGAAGAAAGCCUCCAUCAUUGGUAAACCGUACAAUGUCCAGCACAAUAUUCACGUUCAAGUCGACAGUUACGGAUUCAAAGGAUUACCACCGGAAUGGCAGCAGAUAUUGCAAGCUUCGGGUAUCCCGGAUGAUGUCGUGAAAGCGAAUCCGAAAACGGUGGAACGACUGAUGCACGUACGCAUGCCGGAUGCUUUGCAACAAGAACGAAAACCUAAGCCCAUGCCUUCCUUACCUGAUUCCCCUCAUUCAGCCACCAUCAGUUGCAACGGUCCCGAUACCAGUAAACAAACCCAUCCAUCCGCUCUGCCCGUCGGUUACGCUCCUCCUUCCCGCGCUCGAAACUCCAAACUGAUCCAUUUACCGCCCUCGCAGUCCAUGAAUUUAUCCGUCUCCUCGGAUCCCUUGGUCAAUAAUGAAUCUGAUACAGGCACCGAAGAUACGACUUCAACAACGUCGAUUGAACGAUCACAGACACAUUUAUCAUUGGACUCGAGCUCUAUUGAUGAUAUUGUCGAUCAUGCUGACCCUACAAGAUUAUAUACUGAUUUCAUAUUGAUUGCUGAAGGCGAAUCAGGGCCCAUGUAUGCUGCCAAACAAACCGCCACCGAUCGGACGGUGGCGAUCAAAAAGAUAUCCCGCUCAGCCGAACAAAAGCUGAAUAAAAUUCGCAACGAAUUAACGACUAUGAAAAUGAGCCGGCACCCAAAUAUUGUCGAGUACAUUGGAUGCUACAUGACCGAAGACGAAGUUUGGGUGGUCAUGGAAUGUAUGGACGUCUCUUUGGCGGACAUCAUUUCCGUUGAAGCGGAUGAUAAACCUCGUAUGCGAGAACAUCAAAUCGGACGUGUAGCACGUGACAUCCUUCGAGCAUUGUCUCGAUUACAUCGUCUUCACCGAAUUCACCGCGAUAUUCGAAGUGAUAAUGUAUUGCUGAACAUGCGUGGCGAAGUCAAACUAGCCGAUUUUAGUCACUGUGCACAAUUAACAUCACGGAAUCCCAAGCGCAAUUCUGUGGUUGGCACACCUUAUUGGAUGGCACCCGAGGUGAUCAAAGGUCUUGAUUAUGACUCCAAGGCGGAUAUCUGGAGCUUGGGUGUAUUACUAUUAGAAAUGGUUCAGGGAGAUCCUCCUUAUGUAGAAUACCCACCUUUGAGAGCUUUGUUUUUGAUCGCGUCUAAUGGUCUUCCGCCUUUGCGGGAACCUGAUCGGUGGUCAGAUGACUUGAAAAACUUUUUGCAGCAAUGCACUGCAGAAAACCCGGCCGAAAGACCGGAUGCUGCCACUCUACUAAAACAUCCUUUCCUACGAUCUGUGGGCACGGCGGAAGACAUCAUCGAGUUGAUCGAAGAAACACGUCUCGCAGAACUGUCGAUGCAAGAUGAUGAUGAGGAAGAAGAAGAUGAGGAGGAGAAUGAGGAUGAGGAAGGCGCGGAGGAAAAUCAAAAAAUCAGAUCGGAUGAGAUGAUGGACAAGAUAUGCUCAUUGGAUCCCAAGAAAAUCAGCGAUUCGUGCGAAGACGAUGAUGAAAUUACCUCGCUGACAACGCGAGAUUUGGCCGUGGGCAAAUCCUGA